AUGAAGAGGUCUCCAACAUCUUCUUGCUCUUCAUCUUCUUCUUUUGGGUUUGAAUCUCCCAUUCAAUCAGAAAAGAGAAGGCCUAAGCAUCCAAGAAGGAAUUUGAAGUCUCAAAAGUGUAAGCAAAACCAAGUCACUGGCAGAAGAAGCUCCAUUUACAGAGGAGUUACAAGGCAUAGGUGGACAGGGAGGUUUGAAGCUCACCUAUGGGAUAAGAGUUCUUGGAACAACAUUCAGAACAAGAAGGGGCGACAAGUUUAUUUGGGUGCAUAUGACACUGAAGAAGCUGCAGCCCGUACCUAUGAUCUUGCAGCCCUCAAGUACUGGGGAAAAGAUGCAACCUUGAAUUUCCCGAUAGAAACAUAUGUGAAGGAGCUUGAGGAAAUGGACAAAGUGUCAAAAGAAGAAUACUUGGCAUCUUUGCGGCGGCAAAGCAGUGGAUUUUCCAGAGGCAUCUCUAAGUACCGAGGGGUGGCCAGGCAUCACCAUAAUGGCCGCUGGGAAGCUCGCAUUGGAAGAGUAUGUGGAAACAAGUACCUCUACUUGGGGACAUAUAAAACUCAGGAGGAGGCAGCUAUGGCAUAUGACAUGGCAGCAAUAGAGUACCGAGGACUGAAUGCAGUGACCAAUUUUGACAUAAGCAACUACAUUGAUAAAAUACAGAAGAAAAAUGACCAAACCCAACAUACAGAACCACAAACAGAAAUAGCUCCUAACUCCUCUGACUCUGAAGAAGCAGAAGAAGAACAAACAACUACACCCCCACCUGAAAAUCUUUACAUGCAACCACAGCAGCACCAAGCUCCACAUACCCAUGUUUCUCCAAGUGAAGAAUCCUCACUAGUUACUAUUAUGGACCAUGUUCUUGACCAGGACCUACCAUGGAGCUUCAUGUACACUGGGUUGUCUCAGUUUCAAGAUCAAGACUUGGGAUUAAGCAAAGGUGAGGAUUUAGUGGGCAUGUUUGAUGGUUCAGGCUUUGAGGAAGAUAUUGAUUUUUUGUUCAGCACAGAACCUGGUGAGAGUGAUAUCAAUGUGAGUGCAGUUUUGGAUAGUAUUGAAUGUGGAGUUACAAAUGUGGCUAGUGGAAGCAUGGUGAUGGAUAACAAUCAGAAUAAGCUAUUAUCCUUUGCUGCUUCUUCUUCUUCCCCAUCAUCUACAACAACUACACUUUCUUGUAACUACUCUCUAUGA